GUCGUGUACUCAAACGGAGUUGGUUUGGCGAAAGAAACAGUUUUCAUGUCCGCUCGCGUGUGUUAUUUUCACUGUGAAAAUUAAAUUUCUAUUAUUUUUUUUUUUGAAAAAAGUGUGAACCAAAAAUUCUAUUUUAAAUUUUUCUGCAAGUUUUUCUUCAUUUCGAAUUGAGAAAAAAAAAUUUAAUUAAAAAGAAAGAAAGUGAGAAGAAAAUUAUUGUUUGUAAGUUUUUUGAAAGAAGAAGUGAAUUUUAUACAAAAAUUUCUCUUGAUAAUAUAGAAAAGGAAAAGAAAGGAAGUGAAUAAUGUGAAUAAAUUAAAAAGUGAAAUUUAAAAUCGAAACAAAGCAUAAAAGAACUUUUUUGUGUGAAAAAAAGAAAAAGAAUUAAAAAAAAUUGUCUGUGCAAAUUGAGAUGAAAAAUUACAGCAAUAUGGAGACUGGCUAUAUAAAUGAAGGUGGCCAAUUGAAGACCAAAAACAGUCAAAAGUACAUCAUAAAUCAGUAUAACAAUCCAGAGGGAUUCUACGUAACAAAGACUUGGGCCUUUUUAUAUUUCUUACUGCUCAUUAUCAUGAUGAUUCUUGCAGCCCUGCUGACAUAUCUCCUUUGCAUUCCAAAAACCUGCAUAACAGACAGCACGAAUGGAUCCAUAGAAACACAAGUUCAUACAGGAAGUCUGUGGAAUCCGUCGCCUAAUGGCGGCAGCUAUGAAAUUCAAUCAAACGGUGAUGGUGUGCUGAGCGAUCAAGCUAAGAACGAUGAUCCAAUUGUUAUAGAGGAUGAGAUUGAAUUUCCCGACGGUUGGACUCCAGUUCAUUAUGAUAUAUUACUAGAACCGCACAUAGAGAAUGCUACAAGUACGGGUAAUGUAAAUAUUUGGAUGAUUCGUGAUGAAAAAGUAAAAGAAGUAAAGCCAAUAAUUUUGGAUAUAACAGACAUCGAGAUCACAGACUGUAAGCUCUUCAGUCGUGACAAGAUAGAUAUUGAACAAUUUUUGGAUUAUACUUGUGAAUAUGGAAAUAAAAAUGAGAGCUAUGUGAUAAAUGUAAAAGAGACAAAAUUCAUGCCCACGAAUGUUUCGGUCCAGCUUAAUUUCACUAAUAAACUUGGAAGUACAUUGACUGGUUUCUAUAAGGGAUCAUUCAUCAAUGAGGAGACAAAGGAACCAAGUUCAUUUGUUAGCACUCAAUUUUCACCAAUUGAUGCACGACGUGCUUUUCCAGCACUCGAUCGCCCAUAUGCAAAGGCUACAUUCAAAAUUAGCUUAAUAAGACCGACAAAUAAGAGAAUUUCCAUCUCUAAUAUGCCAAUUGAGUCUACCGAAAAUGUCCGAGACGGCUUCAUUCGCGAAAAUUUUCAAAUUACACCAAAGAUGUCAACUUAUCUCGUUGCCUUUCAUAUUUCUGAUCUCAAACUUGGCAUGGAAUCGGAUGACAAUGAUGAAUCACUGCCGAAAAUAAAGAUGUAUGCACAACCGGAAUAUGAGAACAUGACAAACUUUUCUUAUCAACUCACGGCCGCAUCACUGCCAUUUUUUGAAAAAUACUUUGACAUUAAAUUUCGAUUACCAAAAAUUGACAUGGUCGCUGUUCCCGAUUUUGGAUUUAGUGGAAUGGAGAAUUGGGGUCUCAUCACAUUCAGAGAGUCAGCGUUGCUAGUUCCAGAGGAUAAGAAGAGUUCAUCAGUCUCACAACUACAUCGAGUUGCAAAAACUUUAGUCCAUGAAGUUGCUCAUCAGUGGUUUGGCAAUCUCGUCACAAUGGAAUGGUACGAUGAUCUCUGGCUGAAAGAAGGCUUCUCAACAUAUUUGCAUUAUGUCGCGACAGAUUCAAUUAAAUCUGAGUGGGAUUAUUUUAAAACAAUAACAAUUGCUGAAUUUGCAUUGGCAAUGCCAAAAGAUUGUGACUCAUCGUCUCGACCAAUUUCAUUUAAAGUUCGCACGAAGUCGGACAUUCGAAGAGUUUUCGAUCCCAUUUCGUAUUCAAAGGGAGCAUUGAUUAUUAAUAUGAUGAGAGGGUUCCUCGGCGAAGAAACAUUCAGGCUGGGUCUUCAGAAUUAUUUAAAGAAAUUUGAAUAUGGAAAUGCUGUCCAAGAUGAUCUAUGGGAAGCAAUGACUAUAACAGCACGAAAGGAAAGAGUUCUUCAGGAUAGCUUUAGUGUCAAAGAGAUUAUGGACUCAUGGACUGUUGAUAGUGCCGGAUUUCCUGUCGUGACUGUCAGUCGUAAUGAUACUGACAUUGUUUUGACACAACAGCGAUACUACUUGCCGUAUUUAAAUGAAACCGACACAACAAAAUGGUUCAUUCCAAUUUCACAUGCAUCAAGUCGUCGUCCUACUGGAUCAGAAAUCCCUGAGCAUUGGAUGUCGAAUACAGAUGAAGAAUUAGUCAUUGAAAAUAUUGUUGGUGAUAAUGAAUGGUUCCUUGUGAAUGUGAAUCGUACAGGCUAUUAUCGAGUCAAUUAUGACAAACUUUCAUGGAAAAAUUUAAUUCAAAAUUCAAUGAAGUUCUCAGACAUAACAAGGGCACAAUUGAUUGAUGACAGUUUUGCACUCGCACGAGCAAACUUGACAGGCUAUGAUAUUCCAAUUACUUUCGGUCUCAUUCUUCGUACAACGCCAUAUGAAUAUCUUCCAUUCUGGGCAUUUGCGAAUGGUUUGGAAUAUGUCACAAAUAUGAUUAGACGUGAAACUGCAUUUGAGAACUACAGAAGGGUCAUCAGAUAUAUUUUGAGAAGUGUCUACGAUGAAGUAGGAUUUGUAGAAUUACCAGACGACACAGACAUUGAUCUCCUUCAUCGUGCUCGAAUUGUUAAUUUAGCUUGUGAGUUUGGCAUUGAUCGUUGCACUGUCGCAGCUCAAUUGAAAUUCCGUGAAUGGAUUGCUGACAAAGCAAACAACAAAAUUCCACCAAACUUGAAAUCCACAAUUUAUUGCAUAACUCUACGUGAAGGCGGAGAGCAAGAAUGGAAUUUUGCACUCAAGAGAUUUGAAGACAGCAUAAAUGCAUCAGAAAAAGAGGUUAUUUUAGAUGCUUUAGGAUGCACUCAGAAGACAUGGUUGCUCUCAAAAUACCUCAACAUGACUGUUUCCCCUACUUCGCCAAUCAGAAAGCAAGAUGGUGCACGAGCAUUCCAAGCUGUUGCUCGAAACAUUGCUGGUGCUGAGAUUGCUUAUGAUUUCUUGUACACGAAUAUUAAAGAAAUUUCUGAAUACUUCGGUGAUGGUUUCUCAACAAUCUCAAAGAUGGUUGACGCUGUGACGAUAUUCAUGAACAAAGAUUACCACAAAGAGAACUUCCAACGAUUCGCAGAGAAGACAAACAAGCUUGGUCUCGUCGCAAUCGAGAAGAGCAUAAAGUUGGCUGAGAUUGAGAUUGAUAAGAAUAUAUAUUGGAGAAAUCAUAUUUACAAUCAACUUAAGGAUACAUUAGACAAGGCUGUCACCGAUUUAAGACUUGUAAAUUAAAGGCAUCGACAUCAAAAUAUUUUUGAUUACUUUUUGAGUAUUAAACAAAAAUUUCAUAUCAUUUCUUUAUUCUACGUUUAUUUAUUUGUUGAUGACUAUAAUUUCUUGUUUUCUUUGGGCGGGUGGUAUUGUGCUGUACUGAAGUGAUCGAUCGAGAAGAAAGGAAGUUAAAAGAAAUGAGAGAUUUUGUGUAUGAUAAUUUUUUUCCAUUAAAAAUGAAUUCUUUUAUAUGAGAAAAUGUGUUGAAAUAUUCAUUUUUUAUAUCUAUCUUUUUUUUUGUGAUACCGACAGUCACACAUUUUUCUAGUAAAUCAUACAUAGUUCAUUAAAAUUAUCAUCAGCUAUACCAGUCUUUUCUAGUUGAAUGAUGUUCUUAUUAAAUUUUAAAUGAUGGAAUUUCAUUGAUUGAGGAAUUUUAUAAGUAUGAGAAAAUAUUUCAUGACACUUGAGAUGAAGAUAAGAAAGAGUAUGGGAUGUUAAUUUGUAGUUGCGAUUUGAUCUGAAUAUAUUUUUAUAUGACGAGAAUUUGUAAAAUAUGAGAUCGAAUUUUAUGAUGUGAAUGAGGAAUAAAACUAAGAAGUUUAAACUUUUGUGAAAUUCACAUGAAUGUCUAUAAAAAUCACAUUCUCAGGAUCAAAUUUCAUUCAUAUUGUAUCCAUAAUUCAUCUAAUAUCCAUUGAAACAUUUUAAACUCAAUUUUAUCAAAAUCUUCAGAACCGAUUUUUAAUAAAAAUUUGAAAUAAAAUUAGUUUUAUGCUUCUGAUCAUCUUAAAAGCACCAAUCAAAAUUAAUUGAUAGAAUUUUCAUAAAUAUUCAAUUUUAAGAAAUAUUUUAAUUCACAUAAAAUCAUUAAAUUAUACAACAUCAAAAUAUUAUCACACUUUAAAUUCCACCGCUCACAAAUCUGUGAAAUAAUUAAAAUAAAAUACGUGAUUAGUAAAUUUUCGAUUCCAUUCAAGUUGACAUGAUUAAUUAAAUUAUAUAUCAGGUGCAUCGAAUCGGAUAAAACGUUUUGACACAAAUUAAAAGGUGUUUGGUAAACAUUCACUGACACUGUCAUUUCACAGCUCUAGUUGUGAAAGUUGGUGAUUGUAGAUUGACAUCAGACAAUUUGUUUUUUGUAGUCGAUCAAGAAAGUAAAAGUGAAGUUUAAUCUGCAGUGCUGUGGGAGGAUCUAGGGAAAUAAAAUCUUAAUCUUCAUCAAUGAAGUUCCUCUAAUUUUCGAUGAUAUCUUUAAGAUUGAUUUUAUUAUUUGAAAAACUAAUUUUCCUGGCAAGGAAAAAGUCAUAAACUUUCAUUCAAACAAUUUUAAGAUGUGGAAGUUUUCAAGGUAACUUGUCAACAACUAGGUUUGAAGUCUGGAUGACUAAAAUCUCAAAAUGGCAUUAAUUCCUGAAAAGCGUCCACAAUCUUUACUUGCUAUAAAACUCUUUUACUUUAAGGAGUCAAAAUAAAAUAAAAAUAAAAGAUAAACCAACGAUUAGGAUUAGAAACUAUAAUUAUUGAUUCAAUUAAUUAUGUAUGCAUAAAAUUGGUAGCUUCCUUAUUUCAUACACAUUCAUUAUGAAGAAAAUAUGAAGUUCAUCAUUUAAUUGUUAAGUUAGAACUUUGAGCAUUAAGGUAUCAUUUAAAUAUAAGUUUUUUUGUGAUUUUUGAAGUGAAAUGGAUUUUGCUAGGAUUUGAAAUUAAAUGAAGCUCAUGUCUGUGGCUUGAGCAUGACUAUUUUGUGACAUUAAAGAAUGUUCUUUUAAAAAGUUUGUUUGAAAUAGAAUUUUUGUUGAAAAACUAUGAAGCAAGGCAAUUUAUUAUCCAAAAUUUAGAGCACGUCGUUCCAUUUUCCAGCCAACAAAUAAAAGCUUGUUCUAGAAAUUUAAAAUUACAUAAAACACCGGCAAGAAUGAGGAAAUGUUGAUAAACAAUAAAAGAUUCUAUUUCUAGGCAAUCAAUUUCAUCAUCUUUCUAGCCAGAACCAUUUCGCUUUGAUGAUUUCACAAUAGUUUUUUCAUUACUUUCACUUUUCCUAAAAUGCAUAUAAAAAUUAUGUUUUUUUUUCUUUCAUUUACAAUUUAUACGAUAAAUAAACAAAUAAUUUUUUAUGAUUCGGCUGUGUUCUUAGUAGUUUGUUUUUGGAAAUGAAAGAAGAAAUAAAGGAACUUUCUUUUUGUUUAACAAAGAAAAAAAAAAUAAACAAAUAAUAUUUUUAAUUGAAAGGAAAAAAAAGUUAAAAACUAACGCAAAAAAAGAGAGAAAAAUACUAUUUAAGUGCUAGUCCCAAGAAGUAACAUGUAAAUUUAUAUUAUAUAUUUUUUGCCAUAUAUAAAGAAGAAUUAUGAAGGGUUAGGAACUAAAUGCGACACGACACGCGAGUGUUCAUGUGAAAAUAAAAUAACAUUUAAUAUUAAGAAAUAGAAAAAUCAGGCAAAAGUUAUUUGACAGUAAAUCAAAGAAGAAGAAGGAAGGAAUGCGUAAACAAGCAGAAAUUCUCAUCAUUAAUUAUGGUCUUGGAAAUUUACGAUAAUUGAAUUGGAUUUGUAAUGAAUUGAGUAUGAAGAAGUAAAGUGGUGUGCAUUGAUAAAAAUAACAAUCAAGUCAUAAAAUAAUAAGAAGUUCAAUAGAAAUGUGAAUCGUAUCAAUUAACUGAUAUCAUGAGAAUUAAAUUAAAAAUGCAAUUCCACUGCCAUUUAGAUGCUUGAUUAUUAUUAGCAUGUGGUUCAUUAGAUCAUCUUAUACAGUUUUUUGAUUGGCUGGAUUGUUGUAAUUGUAAUUGAUUAAGUAUAUCAUGUGGGGCAUUGUAAGGUUAACACUUAUGGAUCAGAUAGAUUUUCUUAAGUUGUAACCAGAGGUCGAAG